AGAAAAACAAAUUUAAUUAAAUAAAUUUUUAUAGAAUUUAAAGUACGUCCUUUAAAAAAAUCAUUUCGCAUAAUACAAUUUCAAAUGAAUUUAAUAAAUUUUAAAAUGUGUCUUCAUAUUUUAUGAACCGCCUGUUGUCAAGUUUACAAAUGCAACCAUGUCAUAUUUGACAAUUUCAAUGCGGCAAUUGGCAGAAAUCGCGUAAAUUUGUGUAAAGUUUUCGUAUUGAAUUCGUUGUUAUUUGUCUAAAAUAAUUUAUUUUGCCAUAAAUUGUAAUUUCGAUAAUUAACAAUAAGAGUCUGAAUUAACAGCAAUCAUGCCACGAAUAAUGAUAAAGGGCGGUGUAUGGAGAAACACCGAGGAUGAAAUCCUGAAAGCGGCUGUUAUGAAGUAUGGCAAAAACCAGUGGUCUCGUAUAGCAUCACUAUUGCAUCGUAAGUCUGCAAAACAAUGUAAGGCACGUUGGUACGAGUGGUUGGACCCCAGUAUUAAAAAAACAGAGUGGUCGCGGGAGGAAGAUGAAAAGUUAUUGCACUUGGCGAAGUUGAUGCCAACGCAAUGGCGUACAAUCGCUCCGAUCAUAGGACGUACAGCGGCACAAUGUUUGGAGCGAUAUGAAUAUCUUCUGGAUCAAGCACAGCGCAAAGAAGAUGGCGAAGAUGGUGGGGAUGAUCCCCGCAAAUUAAAACCGGGUGAAAUUGAUCCCAAUCCAGAAACUAAACCUGCUCGCCCAGAUCCAAAAGAUAUGGAUGAAGACGAGUUGGAGAUGCUGUCAGAGGCACGUGCUCGUCUAGCCAAUACGCAGGGCAAGAAGGCUAAGCGCAAAGCGCGAGAAAAACAGUUGGAAGAGGCGCGGCGUUUGGCAGCAUUGCAGAAACGUAGAGAACUCCGUGCCGCGGGUAUUGGUAGCGGCAAUAGAAAACGCAUAAAAGGCAUUGAUUAUAACGCAGAGAUUCCAUUUGAGAAACGUCCGGCUAUUGGUUUUUACGACACAUCCGAAGAGACUGUUGACAAACAAGGGCCUGAUUUCAAUAAGAUGCGUCAACAAGAUCUUGAUGGUGAAUUACGCUCAGAAAAAGAGGAGCGAGAGAGAAAGAAAGAUAAACAAAAACUAAAGCAGCGUAAAGAAAAUGAUAUGCCGCUAGCCAUGUUACAAAACUUGGAACCUGAAAGGAAACGCUCCAAAUUGGUACUCCCUCAACCACAAAUAUCUGAUCACGAAUUGCAACAGGUUGUUAAGUUGGGCCGUGCUAGUGAAAUAGCCAAAGAGGUAGCCGGUGAAAGUGGAGUUGAGACAACAGAUGCACUUUUAGCCGAUUACUCUAUCACCCCACAAGUAACGGCGACGCCUCGCACACCAGCACCAUUUACCGAUCGCAUAAUGCAGGAAGCACAGAAUAUGAUGGCACUGACACACGUGGACACUCCUUUAAAAGGUGGUGUCAACACGCCACUACACGAAUCCGACUUCUCGGGUGCAUUGCCUAAGUCGGCAUCAAUGGCUACACCCAACACUGUAAUAGCUACACCAUUCAGAACACAACGAGGAGGCGAUAGUAAUACGCCCGGAUUCGCUACACCUGCUUCCAGUGCCCUUGUACCACUGGGAAAAACACCGCAUGGUGGUGUGGGCCAGACGCCCACUUUAGUAAGGGAUAAGUUAAGCAUCAACCCUGAGGAUAAUUUAAAUAUCGGCGAAACGCCGGCAAUAUAUAAGAAUUAUCAGAAGCAACUGAAACACACCUUGCGGGAAGGAUUGGCAACACUGCCUGUCCCUCGUAAUGAUUACGAAAUUGUGGUGCCGGAACAUGACGAUCACGAACCCACCGAGACGACAUCCGAAAAUGUCGUGGAGGAUCAAGCCGACGUCGAUGCACGCGCAAUCGCUGAAGAGAACGCCAAACGACAACGCGAAUUGGAGAAACGUUCACAAUCCAUACAACGACAACUGCCCCGACCAACUGAAGUUAAUACAAAGAUCUUACGACCACAAUCCGAGAAACAAAAUCUCACCGACAUGCAAAAAGCCGAGGAACUCAUCAAGCACGAAAUGAUUACAAUGCUUUUAUACGACUCGGUAAAGGACCCCGUGCCCGGACAAUCACAAAACAAAAUUGAACAGUUACAAAAUUACUUUAAAUCAAAUCCAUAUGAGGAGUUUAAGAAACCCGACUUGGAGAAGGCCUCAACCCUUAUCAAGGAAGAAAUGGAAGUUGUGAAAGAGGGCAUGGGUCACGGCGACUUACCGAUGGAUGUCUAUUCUCAAGUGUGGCAGGAAUGCUUAGGUCAAGUGCUCUAUCUGCCAUCACAAAACCGCUACACGCGCGCUAAUUUGGCCAGCAAAAAAGAUCGCUUGGAGUCAGCCGAAAAACAAUUGGAGCAAAACCGACGGCACAUGGCUAAGGAAGCCAAGCGUUGCGCUAAAAUAGAGAAAAAACUAAAAAUCUUAACGGGCGGCUAUCAAGCGCGCGCACAGGCCAUGAUCAAACAGUUGCAAGACACUUACGAUCAAAUUGAGCAGAAUUCUCUGGCAUUGUCAACUUUCAAGUUUUUGGCUGAACAAGAAGCGGUUGCCAUCCCACGACGUUUAGAGUCGUUACAAGAGGACGUACGCCGCCAAAUGGAACGUGAAAAGGAAUUACAACAGAAAUACGCUAAGCUGUGUGAAGAACUUGAAGAAGCGCAGCAGGAAAUUGAAAUUUAUACCAGCAACGAGCAAAGCAAUGAAAUCGCUGAAACUGCUGAAUCCGCUGAAACUAGUGAGUCUACCGAAGCAUCCAAUUGAAUUCAAACAGAAACAGUACGAGUGUUUCAAGCUAAUAUCUAAACUCUUAAAAUUAAGAAAAACACAAAUUGCUUGAGAAAUAAAAACUGCAUACCACUAUCUUCAAUCUAA